AGCGCAAACAGAUUACAGUCGUUUAACUGACCAUAACAUCUGCUACUCCUGCAACUGAGGUCACUCUGACUGACCCUGUCUCUGACCUCGGAGUCUGAUCUUUUGACCUGUUUGUUUAACGCUCUACCUGCAGCUGAGGUGAAAAUGAAGCGCUUCCUGGGCAUCACUCUGAUGAUCUGCUGCUCUCUGAUUGGACUGGGUACAGCCAUCCGUUGUUACAGCUGUAAAGAUUACACCGGCAGCUGCAGCAAACAGCGCGACUGUAGUUACGACGACGCCUGCCUGAGUCUGUACGAAAGAGGAGGGAUGACAUACCGUCAGUGUCUUAAAUACACCGACUGCGACUACAAUCGCCUCAGUCAAAUGUUUCCUCAUGUUUCCAGCUUCACCUUCAAGUGCUGUAACUCUGAUCUUUGUAACUCCGCCCCCUCAACUGCAGCCAGCUCCCUGAUUGGUCUUCUUACCACAGGACUGGUCAUGUGGUGGAUGCACUGAGCUCCGCCUCUUGCCCGCAGCAGCAGCUUCUCUAAAUGGCCCUCACUUGUCAGUGUCUCUUCUCAAUGAUGUCAUUAACACGCCGAGUCAAAUGAUCAAAAACUAAUCUGGUUUUAAUCCUGCUCUGUCACAUGACCCAACGCUUGUUGGGUCACACAAUUAAAAUGUUAUUGAACAUAAUAAUUGAUGACAGUCCAGGUCUAAGUCUACGAUCAGGUCUAAGAUCUGUUUCAGAUUCACAACUAAGAUAAAGAUUAAGGGUUAGUGUAUUUACAGGUUUGACAUUUAGGUCUAAGACCAGUUCCUGGUGAGUUAUAGAGUUUUAAAUCUUGUGUAAUGCCAUGUCUAAGAUUAAUUUUAAAAUUGAGUAUAACAUCAGGUCUCACAUGAGGUCUCAAAACAGGUGGUCUAUGAUCUGGUAUUAAAUCAGGUGUAUGGUCAGAUUUGGGUCGAAAAUCAGGUCUGACCGUGGGCUCUAAGAUCAAGUCUCGAUCAGGUCUAUGUCUUUAAUUCAAGUCCGAGAUCUAUGAUCAGGUAAGAAAUCA